AUGUCGGAAAGAAAGUACUACCCGCCCGACUUCGAUCCAAGCAAGAUCUCGCGCGCUCGAAAGCCGAAGGAUGCUGGUCCCAAGGUCCAAACCGUUCGCCUCAUGGCCCCCUUCUCGAUGAAAUGCUUGGCAUGCGGAGAGUUCAUCUACAAGGGUCGCAAGUUCAACGCUAGGAAGGAAACGACCGAUGAGACCUAUUACGCCAUCAAGAUUUACCGUUUCUAUAUCCGAUGCACGCGCUGCAGCGCCGAAAUCACCUUCAAAACCUCCCCCAAGCACAUGGACUAUGACUGCGAACGCGGCGCAAAACGCAACUUCGAACCAUGGCGCGAGGAGAAGCUAAACCAGGAAACGGAUGAAGAGCGUCUGGACCGCCUGGAGCGCGAGGAGGCUGAGCGCGAUGCCAUGGCCGAGCUGGAAACGAAGACUCUGGACGCAAAGACCGAGAUGGCUAUCGCAGACGCGUUAGACGAGAUCCGCACAAGGAACGCGAGGAUCGAGCGCGGCGAGUUCACCGCCGAAGCCAAAGUCGAAAGGGACCCGCGCGAUGCAGAGAGGGAAAGACAAGAGAAGGAGGAUGAAGAGGCUGCAAGACGCGCUUUCGAGACUGCAAACGGCGAGCGUGUUCGCCGAUUGGACGAGACUGCCACUACGGAUGCCCCGGAAGCUUCCUCAUCCUCCGCCAGUGCCGCAGAUGCGAUUGCCAUGCCUCCCCCUUCUUUCAAAAGGACGGCCAAAAAGAAGAAGGAUUUCGGCGCAGCCCUGGGCAUCAAGAAGAAGCAGUCACUGGUCUAA